UGACGUAGUGUUAAAUAUGAUUUGUUGAUGAGCUAGUCUGUGAGAUGCUAACGGCUACCUGAGUGACCUUGUUAGUACCUCCACAACAUUUUCUGCCUCGUGAACUAAACACUUUUGUCGCCACCAAACUGCAGGGAAGCAGAGCAGCUGGCGCAUUGGUUUUCCCUGACAGCACACACACGCAUACACACGCACACACACUCGGUGCUUGUGGCCACUGAGCUCGCUUGGACGCAUCGUAGCCGGGACACCGAAACGCAACGAAAUAGCCAGAGGUCUCCCUGAGGUAUUAGAUUUAGAAGCUCCUCGGCUCGCUUGCUGACAGCAAAGCAGGCAUGGACGACAAGUCUUUUACCAAGGAGUUGGACGGAUGGAUUGAACAGCUGAAUGAGUGCAAGCAGCUCUCCGAGAAUCAGGUCAAAGUCCUAUGCGAAAAGGCCAAGGAGAUUUUGACAAAAGAGUCCAAUGUACAAGAGGUGAGGUGUCCAGUGACGGUCUGCGGAGAUGUCCAUGGACAGUUUCAUGACCUCAUGGAGCUGUUUAAGAUUGGGGGGAGGUCUCCAGACACUAACUACCUCUUCAUGGGAGACUAUGUUGACAGAGGCUACUACUCUGUGGAGACAGUCACACUCCUGGUUUCUCUGAAGGUAAGGUUCCGAGAACGAAUCACAAUUCUCAGAGGGAACCAUGAGAGCAGACAGAUCACACAAGUGUACGGUUUUUAUGACGAGUGCUUAAGGAAAUAUGGAAAUGCAAACGUUUGGAAGUACUUCACAGACCUUUUCGACUAUCUGCCCCUUACUGCACUGGUAGAUAACCAGAUUUUCUGCCUCCAUGGAGGAUUAUCACCUUCAAUAGACACACUGGAACACAUCAGAGCGCUGGAUCGCUUGCAGGAGGUUCCUCAUGAGGGUCCAAUGUGUGACUUGUUAUGGUCAGACCCAGAUGACCGUGGUGGCUGGGGCAUCUCUCCCCGUGGUGCUGGUUACACAUUCGGACAGGACAUUUCUGAGACUUUCAACCAUGCAAACGGCCUAACUUUGGUUUCAAGAGCCCACCAGCUGGUGAUGGAGGGCUAUAAUUGGUGCCACGACCGCAAUGUAGUGACAAUUUUCAGUGCACCAAACUACUGUUAUCGUUGUGGAAACCAGGCAGCAAUCAUGGAACUUGAUGACACAUUGAAAUACUCCUUCCUACAGUUUGACCCUGCACCACGCAGAGGAGAGCCCCAUGUGACGCGGCGUACGCCCGACUAUUUCCUGUAAAGAUCACUGGUGAGAAUGGUAACAGGCUGCACAGAGGCUCCAGAAAACAAGCAUUCAAGCCUUCAAAAUUGUGUGCCAUAAUCACAUAAAAUGGAAACUGUCACAUCUAGCUAAACACCACCGUCCUUUUCAACUUUUUUCUCUCUGUGCAUGAUGUUUUAACUGCUAAAAACGAUUGCUCUACUAUGAACUAUACUGUUGUAAUACCUGCUGGUUUGUCAGGCAAUGAACUAAUGCUGAGAAUAAUGACUAAAUGUUAGUAAUCUUUGUAUUAGGGUGUUAAUGAUGACCACAGUGUGUUGCCAUAUUCAGUAUAUAAGCUGCAUCUUUCACUUGGCAUGGCCUCAGAGCAAAAGUUGCAGUAAAUAAAACGUGAACUCUUCUUUUUUGUAACUGAAGCGCCACUGUUAUUUAUUUUGUGAGGUGAUGGGGGUUCAACGUCAGAAAUGUCCUCUUUGCACUUUUGUAUUUGAUUUUUAUCACAUGGCACUGACAGACGAUGUUCUUUUUAUACCCCCUUGUAGUGGAAGUAGCCCUUUCUUCUGCCGUCUCUUAUGGGAGUUGAUGUAAUUCAUUCAAGUAGGCAAUACUGUUCAAAAUGACAUCAGAUGUAAAAGAAAUAACUCAAUGUUUUGCAGACACAGCUGUACAAAAUAAAGACUGAAGUUGCUUCGUCA